AUGAGCAAUGGUAUAAAUAGAGGACUGUGGGGACAGAGGGAUCACAACUGGAUCCCACAGCCAUCUGUGCAGUUUGCCUUGGGCGCGGAGCUGUGUCCUCGUGCUCUCAUCAUGAGCUGUGCCGUCAGGCAGGUCGUUACCACCUGUUCCCAAGGCAGGAGCAGCGCGGGCAGCUCUGCGGCUGGUAGUGGAAGGAAGGUCUCCUCCGCCUCCUCAGGAAGACACGUUGCCUAUGACCUGGGCGGUGCGGUUGUCAAUUUCUCUGGUGGCAGUUUAAGCGAGGGAUUGCUUGGGAAGCAGCUGAACGUCGGCAGUGCUGCUGGUGGGAGCUUUGGAGCUACCCAGAGGGCUUGUUCUACCCUUGGAUUCGGCGGUGGAGGCAUCUGCACUCGAGGCAUCGGUGGUGGUUUCACCAGGGCUGGUGCUGGUUGUGGUGAUGGGAUCUUGUUUGCUAACAAUGAAAAGGCGACGAUGCAGAACCUCAACGACCGCCUGGCCUCCUACCUGGACAAGGUGCGGCUGCUGGAGGGAGACAACGCCGACCUUGAGUGCAGGAUCAGAGAGUGGUAUGCCAAGGUAGGGCCCAGCUGUGAACCACGGGACUACAGCUGCUUUCACAAGGAAAUUGAAGACCUUCAAAACCAGAUCCUUUGUGCAGCCAUGGAGACCAACAAGAUCCUUCUGAAUAUUGAUAACAACAGGAUGACUGCUGAUGACUUCAGAGUGAAGUACGAGACCGAAUGUGGUCUCCGGCAGAACGUGGAUGCAGACAUCUGCAACUUACGUCCUGUGCUGGAUCAGCUGGCCAGCUGCAAGACUGACCUGCAGCUGCAGUGCGAGGCUCUGACCGAAGAGAUGUGUUGCCUCAAGACGAACCAUGAGGAGGAAAUGAACUGUCUGAGGAAACAGGCGACUGGAGAUGUGAGUGUGGAGGUCAAUGCUUGUCCUGGACCAGACCUGAGGAAGAUCCUGGAGGAUCUGAGGUGCCAAUAUGAAACGCUGAUGGAGCGUAACCGCAAAGAGACUGAGCAGUGGUAUGCCUGCAAGGUGGAGGAGGUGAAUCUGGAGGUCAUCACAAGCAGCCAGGAGAUCGAGUCAAGCAACAAACAGGUCACUGAGCUGAGACGUCAGCUGCAGGCCUUGGAAAUCAAUGUACAAGCUCAGCUCACCAUGAAAGAAAACCUGGAAUCCUCUUUGGCGGAAACUGAAUGUCGCUACAACAAAUACCUGGCUGAGCUCCAGAGCCAGAUCUCCUGCGUGGAGCAGCGGCUGGCUGAAAUACGAGCGGAAAUGGAGUGCCAGAACCAGGAAUACAAGACCCUCCUGGACGUCAAAUGCCGCUUGGAGCAGGAGAUCCAGACCUACCACUGCCUGCUGGAGGGGGGACAGCAGGACAUCAUGUACGCAGGCUACAGACAGACCUGGGCACAGUAA